CACGCUGGCCGCAACAUCACCGAUGAUUCAAGCAAUCGACGCCCCUGUCCUCCUCGUCCUCACUCUGGUCUGCAUUGCCGUGGAGGCGGUGCUGCAUGCGAUCCAGACUCGUGGAAGCCGACCCACGCAAGCAGAACUCACCCUCCAACGGCAGCAUGCAGUCCUAUCAGUUCAAGCGAAGAAGCUCAACAGCGUUGACAUGUUUGUCGAGCAUUCCAAGCUGCUGCGCCAGAUGAACACGGUCAAGAAACAGGAACAAUCUCUAGCUGUGGAACGCUUGGCGAAGGCGGCUGUUCCUGGUUUCUUUGGCUACAUCCAUCCCAUCCUCCUCGCUGCGAUCGUUAUUGUAUUUUGGUCGACGCCGCUCAUCGUGUUCCCGCCUGGAAGGCUCAUGCCCGUGGAGCGCCUGGUCGCCAUGCCAUUCUUCCCAGCCGGUUCUGUGUCUGCCGGCGGCUGGUGGCUCAUCUGCCGACGCGUAAUUGGGCGAGUAUUAAAGUAGUUCAAAUAAUCUGUCCAACAAGACAUAUCCAUGUCAUUGAGGU